UGAAGUUAAUAAAAAAAAACACCCACAAAGGAGAAGACCCACCUUCCCCCAUCCAAUCCACAAGAAAUCCAUCCACCGCCGCGCGGCGCGCGCCACCGCCACCCUCGCCGCGCCGCCGCCUCUCCACCGCCGCCACUAUUUAGCCACCAGCCACUCGCUUCCGGGCCUCUCCACUCCAACCUCCCCCACCAUGCAGGCGCAGGCACAGGCGCACGCCCACACGCUCGGGCUCCGCAUCUCCCCUCCGCCGCCGUCGCCAUUCCCGCGGCGCCACGCUCGCCCGCGACAGCGCGCCGUCCGUGCCGCCGCCGCCGCGGCCACUUCGUCGGCGCCGCGGCGGGAGACGGACCCCAGGAAGCGGGUGGUGAUCACGGGGAUGGGGCUGGUGUCCGUGUUCGGGAACGAGGUGGACGCCUUCUACGACCGGCUCCUGGCCGGGGAGAGCGGGGUCGGGCCCAUCGACCGCUUCGACGCCGGCAGCUUCCCCACGAGGUUCGCCGGGCAGAUACGCGGGUUCUCCUCGGAGGGCUACAUCGACGGCAAGAACGACCGGAGGCUCGACGACUGCCUCCGCUACUGCAUCGUCAGCGGCAAGAAGGCGCUCGAGAACGCCGGGCUCGGGAAAGGCUCCGAUGGCCACAGCAAGCUUGACAAAGUCCGGGCUGGUGUUCUUGUGGGAACUGGCAUGGGUGGCCUCACUGUGUUUUCCGAUGGUGUUCAAAACCUUAUUGAGAAGGGAUACAAGAAAAUUUCGCCUUUCUUUAUCCCAUAUGCUAUAACUAACAUGGGUUCGGCAUUGCUUGCAAUGGAUGUUGGCUUUAUGGGCCCAAACUACUCAAUUUCAACAGCCUGUGCAACCUCCAACUACUGCUUCUAUGCUGCUGCCAACCAUAUACGUCGGGGUGAGGCUGAUGUCAUCAUUGCUGGUGGUACUGAAGCUGCAAUUAUUCCAAUUGGCCUUGGAGGUUUUGUUGCCUGUAGAGCACUAUCGCAGAGGAACGAGAACCCAGAAACUGCAUCUAGGCCAUGGGACAAAGAGCGAGAUGGCUUUGUUAUGGGUGAAGGUGCUGGUGUACUGGUCAUGGAGAGCCUGCAUCAUGCAAUGAAGCGGGAUGCACCAAUAAUUGCUGAAUAUUUGGGAGGUGCAGUGAACUGUGAUGCUUACCAUAUGACUGAUCCUAGGUCAGAUGGACUGGGUGUGUCAUCCUGUAUUACUACAAGCCUUGAAGACGCUGGUGUCGCACCAGAGGAGGUGAACUACAUCAACGCACAUGCAACUUCAACCCUUGCUGGUGACUUGGCUGAAGUAAGAGCAAUUAAGCAAGUCUUCAAGAACCCAUCUGAUAUUAAAAUCAAUUCAACGAAGUCUAUGAUAGGCCAUUGCCUAGGUGCAGCUGGUGGGUUAGAAGCUAUUGCCGCUGUCAAAGCCAUAACUACUGGAUGGGUGCAUCCUACUAUUAACCAGUUUAAUCCUGAGCCUGAAGUAGAUUUUGAUACAGUAGCCAAUGAAAAGAAGCAGCAUGAAGUGAAUGUUGCUAUCUCUAAUUCAUUUGGAUUUGGAGGGCACAAUUCAGUGGUAGUAUUUGCACCAUUCAAGCCAUGACUCCAAUUUUCCUUAAAUAUAUAUAUAUAGCCCGCGGCAUUUUCUGGCAGCUGAUAAUUAGGAAUUGCUAGGUGUAGCAUAUUUGAUUCCACCGGCUUCCAUCUGUAAGGGAGAAAUUUUGAUUUGAGUGAUGUUAUGAUUGUUAGAUGCCUUUUUCUUUUCGGGUGCUCCCCGUGUAUGUUUUACGAGUAUGUAACAUAUCUAAAGACAUCAGCAGCAAAUUAGUUUGUCGUGUGUAAUCUGUCGUUGCAGGCUGUAAAUCUCAAAAAAUGAAAAAAAUUAUCAUCUCAAGAACCGAGAUAUGCUGCCCUAGAUAAAAGGGCCGUGAUAUUCGGUAACCUAGCAUCGUCCCAAAAAGAAUAAACUUCAAGAGAUAAAUCUUUACAGUAGUCAUUUUUCUCUGAC